AUCCUACAAGCUUUUCUCUCCGUCGCCUUUUUUGUUCCUGUUCCUGUUCCUGUCCCCGUUCCCGUCGUGCCGCCUCGUCCUCGUCGUCUUCGUCGUUGCUGCUGCAUUGCGUCGCCGGCAAUGCGUCCCGGGACCAUCUGAGAUUGGAACCCGUAUCCCAGCACCGACCGUCAUUAGUAUCGAUUGUUGUUCGCGGCGUCGCUCCGGCACCCGGCUUCACUGAGAAGCCCGCCGCCUCCGGCUACCCCUCGAGGGGCCUCCUCCGUCCUGCCCGCCUCUCGCCCGCUUCCCGACAGCAAAGAACGCACGCACGCGCCCGCUGUCUGGCCCUCGCCGUUCACCAUGGGCAUCAAGUAUGACAUAUUCGACGCCCGCGACCUGCUCGCAUACCCCGGCGGCGACAACGACACCGAUACCGUCCUCGGCGGCGUCCACUUCAACCUCACGACCCUCAAGCACUGGAACUACACCCUCUACGAGAACCGCACCCUAUCCAACGAGUCCAAUUGCUGGCUGGUCUUCGAGCCUUACGAACCCAAGCUGCUGCGCCAGAAUGGCAGCUUCGUCAACGCCACCUCGUGCUAUAGCGCCAUCGAGAAUAUCAGCACCCGCGGCUACACCGGCAUAGGCUUCGCUGUCGCCUAUGGCUUCGGCCUCGUCCUGACCAUCACCGUCCUCGCAAAACAUGGCGCCCUCUACCUCCCCAAAGAGCGCCGCUUCUACCCCAUCGGCCGCCGCUGGCAGUGGUACUGGGCCUGCUUCACUUGCGCCUGCGCCCUCGUCAGCCUCUUCCUCAACAUUGACGUCGACCGAUACUACCUGCCCGAUCUGCCCAUCGUCGUCAAUGUUUUUUUCUGGUUCCUCAUCUGCCAGGGCACCCUGUGUCUGACCUGGGAAGCCGUGAGACAUUGGGGCAGCUGGCUCGAACGCCAGUAUGUCGAUCCAAAUCCAUUUGUCUACCGCGACGGCGACCGGAGAUGGCAGAUUGAGUUCUUCAUCCCUCUGUGGUUUUAUUUCUGGGUCUGGAUGAACUUCUUCCUCGUCGUCCCGCGCAGCUGGAACUUUGCCAAGUACCAGCGGUCCGUCGCUCAAACAGCAGAGUAUGCCAUACCCGCGGCCACCGGCGCCCGCUUCAAGGCCGGCGCCUUUUGUCUCAUCAUCGCCUGGCUCACCAUUUUGUUCUCGCUCCGCCACUCCAUCAAACACUACAAGGCGCGCAACCGCGGCCUCGUCAACCGUACCCGGGGCCUGCUUCAGGCUGUGCCGCUGCGCUUCUGGCUCAUCAUUCCGCUCACGGCCGCCCUCAUCGCCUAUCAGGUCUUCAUGUCCUUUGAGUGGAAGUACUCGCUCAUCCGAAUUGGCGGCGUCGUGCCAGUUCAGUUUGCCUGGGGCUACGGGCCCUCGGUUCUCAUCGUCUACAUUCAGGUGCUGUUCGGAUACAUCAACCCCAACGAGGACAAGGAGCUCAUCCGCCAACGCCGCGAGCGCGGCGAGAUGAUCAAUCGCGAGCUCGGCAUCGUCAAGCGCCCUGCCUGGUGGCGUCGCGUUCGCGGCGACCAUCUACACUCGCUGCGCGACAAAAUCAUGCGCAACGUCAAUGAGGUCGGCGGCGAGCGCGGCACCGGCCGCAGAGCCGAGGACGACAUGGAGCGCUACGCCCGCCUGGAAGCACAAGGCGCUGCCAUCAACGACGACGGCAUCGAGCUCGACAACAUGCACGACGGCUCCGGCAACAACCCGCGCGUCGACCGCGCCGGCGCGAGGACCAUCUCCACGACGUCGGACCACACCGUGUCAACCCCGUACGCGGGCAAGAACGAUCGCCGCCACGCCGAGCGCAUCAUGCAGUCCGCCGCCGGCGUGCUGUUCCCCAACGACGCCGAGCGCCAGCGCCAGCAGCGCGCCGCCUUCCUCAUGGAGGACGGCCCGCCGCCCCCGCCACCCUACACGGACAGCGAGAGGCGCGAGUCGGGCGCCGGCCACCCCGUCGCCGCGCAGAGGACGAACAGCACCUCGACGACGCACUCCAUCGAGGGUCAGCCCCAGCAGGUGCGCAGUAUGCUUGAUAUAUGAGGUGACUGGCUUGUGCGAGGGGCCAUGGGGCCAUCUCCUCCCAAUCUGAUGCCCCGGGGCCUGGUCAUCGUACGAAGUAGACGACGGGUACAUAAGACGUGCCCAAUCACAGUCGUGCUGUGGGACAAGGAGGGGGACGAGGAGUAUAGUAGAGUACAAGGGGCGUCUGGGCGAGCAUUGGGGGCGUUUCUUGACAAUCUUUUGGCAUAUAUCACUGGGCCGGGAGGAAUACCGAUACCAUGUACGGAAAUGUCUGCAUGAAUGCACCUCUACCACCACCAUCAUCACUUGGAGCACGGCCGGCAGCAUGGGUUAUCUGUUUCUCUCUUUUCUUGUCUUGGGCAUAUCCGAGUUGAAGGGUACCACUGCUGCCUUACUGGACACGACACGGAACGCACGCUUCUUUCGCCUUGCCUGCAUAUACAGCUACAUAGCCCCCUAUAGGCUGACCGAGAGAUUUUCCGUUCUUUUUCUUACCCAUGAAGCUGCCUAUUCGUGCUUACCUAGACUUUCGGGCGUCUCCCCGUAUGUUGUGGUAGGCUGGGAGGCGGGGCUUUUUGCAUGUCACUGAGAGUGGCUCUUGGUGGGCGUCCCCAUGUCCCGAUGCGGACCUACUUAUAUGCAUGGACGAUGGGAUGGUGGAUGCAUCUUGACCAGGCCAAAAGGGAGGAGAAGAAGAAGAAGAUGAUGAUGAUGACACUGGCGCUACGAUUUGAGGAUGAAAUACUGCAGGGCAGCACGGCACAGCUGCCGCCGCCUGACGCACAAGGGCCUAGAGCAUCUCUGGCAGCCUGGUACAGUAUACGUACCAACGUUACUUCGGGGUAUACCCAGAAUCUCACACCCUAUGAUAGUAUACAAGGUACAGUACCUAAGGUAGGUAGAGGUGGUAUAAGUACCGGGUUGAGUUGGCAUAUAGCAAGACGCCUUGGCGAGUGCACCAAUGACCAGUCGUGAGAUCAUCAUGAGAUGCAUCGACGCCCCGUCCGCGAGGAUGGAGCGCGCACCUUCACUAAUGCAAGGGACCAGUGGCAAAGAUUUUGCCCGCAACCCAACAGCGUCAGUCGCAACCUCGAGGGGGGCCCGUGGGCAUCCGGGCGUCACACGUGCGGGACUGUCCUGCGCCGUAUGCCGCGCCUGUGCUGCAACGCGCUGUGCUGCAAGGACGGGAGUGAUAAUGUGAGUGCUGUACUGUGCUGUACUGUACAGCGCGGCACGCGUGCGAGAUUCCCACACGGAUACCCGCCCGCAAGCACAGUGCCCGUCCACCGACAUCUCAUCCAUUUUCAUCCCACCCUCGCCGUGGAUACGCAUGGACCCUGCCGCAGGUAGGGACUCAAGAGACACACCUACCGAGCACGGCAGAGCCCGAAUCAAGGUCCAAAUGGCAACCGCCCUUCUUCGUGGCCAGGCAAGGGGUCCUUGACGAGCCACAAUGGGAAAUCCCGGACUCGCUCUCGACACCCCAUGGAAUGACCACCAAAGUUCACCAUCAGACGCCAGGCGGAUGAGGGUCCCCAUGCGUGAGACACAACGGGCAUGUGACGAAUGAUGGACCCUGGAAACGGGCCGACGAUGGCCCUUUGCGCGCCGUGGAGCCGCGACCCCGACGACUCCGUAUGCUUGGGACGUAUUAUCCAUGUUUGUUGGCUGCUGGUCCGGGGCCGCGGGCGUGGGUGUUGGGAC